AUGGACAAUGAGCAACUUACCGAGGAGGAGGACAUGCACACACGCACAACCCAGACUGUGGCGCCCAAGCCCACAAGCGUGCUCCACAGAGGAGGCAGCCGGUCACCAAACGCCGUGACCACCGCACCCAAACAAAGACAUAUGCAUGCGCGCUGCGCGUUCCCGUGUCUUUAUGGGCACUGCUCGGUGACGCCCACCAAUCAGCUCAGGACGGAGAUAAAUCCCGGCUCUAACAGGCUGCUGCUGUGGAUGUGGUGGGACCCCUGCUGCUCCUCCAUCGUAAACAUAUUCUGA